CGAUGUAACGGAGGAUUGGGGCUUGGUCUUGAAGUUUUCAGAUGCAUCUGUAGAUGAAUCAUAACAGCAUCAAGAUGUCGGGACGAUCAGGCCGCGCUGAGACCCGAAGUCGAGCUAAAGAUGACAUUAAAAAGGUCCUGGCAGCCAUCGAGAAAGUGCGCAAAUGGGAGAAGAAAUGGGUGACAGUUGGAGACACAUCCCUACGCAUAUUCAAGUGGGUCCCAGUAACAGAAACAAAGCAGAUUUAUCGCACCAAAUCCACAGGUGGAGAUGUUAGAGGAUUGAAAGAUGUGGUCCUGGAAAACACAAACUCUUUACUGGAUUUCACUGAUGAAAACAGCAACCAGAGCUUUCUGUCGGAUGUUUACCAGCCUAAAAUGGAUAACAGCAGCAGCACCUCCAGCUCGCAGCAGGUCAGCCCUCCACAUACCUCCAGCCUCCGAACUGAAGACUCCCAGCCACCGAUGCUGGGCCAGGAGAGUGUGGAUGAGCCGGUUCAUUCAGGACAGGAGGGGGCUGAUGAGCCUCCUACGCUCAUCAAGGAGGACCUUCUUUCAUCAGGAACUGUCAGACAGAGUUCCCCAGACAUACAGGAGGAACUGGAUGAAUCAGGAGCACCUCCUUUAAAGAAGAUUUGCACAGGAGAAAAUGCUGUUCUAAGAUAGCUUAUUUAUAAUCAUUUUGUCAAAAUGCACAUGAUACUUGUCUUCAGUUGUCAGAUUAGCUAAGCUUUCAAAAUUAUUGUAAGGUUCUCUUGACAUAGCUACGCAGGUAUUACUCAUUACAUUUCAGCAAAUGAAAAAAAAAAGUAUUUACUGCAGACUCUUUGUUCACUUUUAAAGGUCUUUAAAGUCUGUUUAAAGCGAUUUCUGAAAUGAAUGGAGACGACUUCCCAAACUUUGUGUGGCAAGUCACUGUGGUAGCAGGCGGUGUUUAUUUCCAUUCACAUGCUACAAAUGUCCAGUUUUCUGGCAACUAACUGUUUUUUAUUUACUCUUUAUGCAGUUGAACUUUACUUUUGCAUGUUUCCAUAUUCUGUUGCUUUAUUUUUGAGAUUUACAGGCCAUUUUGAAAAGAUGCUAAAUGUGUAGCUCUAUGGAGAUAGAUGUUUAGAUGUGCUAUCAUUGUAUUAAACAUGAUGCCCUUUCUGAAACGGGUCUUCUUUUGGCUUAUCACAUUGAAGAAUUAAUUCUUUUUUAAAUAUUUGUAAUAUAAUUUGCCCAUGUUUAUAACAGAAAGUGUUUUGUAAACCAUAAUAAAUGCUACUUUCCAUGUCAAUUCA